GUAACACUAUAAAUAUACUUGCCAAAUAUCUCCACUCCACAUCUCUCUCUCUCACUACCCAUUCAUAUAUAUUUUUUCCUUUCAAUAACCAAACAAACAAAAUAUGCAGGAGGAUCUGACGUCAGCAGCAGCGUAUUACCACCACCAAUCAAUGAUCAUGACGGCGGUGAAGCAGCAGCAACCGGAGUUACCGGAGCAAGAGCAGCUAAACUGCCCUCGCUGUGACUCACCCAACACCAAGUUCUGUUACUACAAUAACUACAACCUCUCACAGCCACGUCACUUUUGCAAAAGCUGUCGUCGUUACUGGACCAAAGGCGGUUCCCUCCGUAACAUCCCCGUCGGCGGCGGUUCUCGCAAGAACAGCACUAAACGCUCUUCAGUCGGAUCAUCGUCUUCUUCCUCUCCGUUUAGCAGCAGUCCAAAGAGUAAAACCGCCGCUGUUUCCGACCAAGAGAGGAGAAUCACGGGGAAUUCGGGUCAAGAAAUGGAUCCGACCCGGAUGCUAUACGGGUUACCGGUUGGAGACCCGACUGGUGGGAAUUUCAGUUCGCUGUUGGCUUCGAAUAUGCAGCAGAUUAGAGGGGUUAACUACGAAACCGGGUCGGGUUGGUAUCCGGAUAUGGAGUUGGGUUUGGGUUUUCGGAGGAGUGAUGACGCCGCGUUAACUGAUGAUGAUCUAGCCAUGAAUAGAGUGGGAAAGAAUUGAAGGGUGAUUUGGUUAAUUCGUAUAUUUUAGUCGUGGCAUAGUCAAUUAAAUUAUACACGACAAAUGAUGUCGGUCCAUUUAAGUGAUAUAUAUAUUCUCUUAUUCUUUCUUGGCUCUUGUGAGUGUUAUAUUAUAUGAUAUUUAAUGAAAUUAUAGAAUGCGACUAAAAAUCGACAUUAUUUAAAGAUUCCGUGUUGUACAUUUAUCUGAUUAAUUGUGUCAUUGUUUAAUCAUUUAAUUUCCGGAAUUAAUGUAUUUGCCAAAAGACAACUUUAAUUUCAGUAUGAG